AUGUCUUCCUUCACUUUAUUGUUGGUUUGCAUCCAGGCUUGUCUGAUUCAGAAUGCCUACAGUCAGAUAGUGGGACCCUGGUUACCUGGACGCGGUAACACUUUAGCUGGUGGAGCCGCUAGUGCUAGCGCAGCCGCUGAAGCAUCCGGAUUUGGCAUCGGUAACUUGGGAUAUGGAGGUCUAGCUGGAGCUAACGCUGCGGCUGCAGCCAACGCCGCUGGAUAUACUGGCCUCGGUAACUUGGGAUACGGAGGUCUGGCUGAAUCUAGCGCUGCGGCUGCGGCUAGCGCUAGUGGAUACACUGGCCUCGGAAACUUGGGAUAUGGAGGUCUAGCUGGAGCUAACGCUGCCGCUGCAGCCAACGCCGCUGGAUACACUGGCCUCGGAAACUUGGGAUACGGAGGUCUGGCUGAAUCUAGUGCUGCUGCUGCGGCAAGUGCUAGUGGAUAUACUGGCCUCGGAAACUUGGGAUAUGGAAAUCUAGCUGGAGCUAACGCUGCGGCUGCAGCUAGCGCUGGUGGAUACACUGGCAUCGGUAACCUGGGAUACGGAGGUCUGGCUGGAGCCGGUGCUGUAGCUGGAGCUAACGCCCUGGCUGGAGCUGGUGGCAUAGCUGGCAUUGCUGCACCUGGUCUCGCCAUCCCUAACACAGGCUACGGCGGUGUUGGUAACGGUGUGUUCGGUGUCAACGGUGACCUGCCAGUCGUUGGUAAAACCCUUGUAAAUGGUCAAGUUCCAGUGCUCGGCGCUGUACAGUUCAGCGGCAACCUGCCAGCUGCUGGAACUGUUGCUAUUUCUGGAAACUGUGCAUGCGGUGGUCGUGGCCCCAUACUGUACUAA